AUGGGAAAUUACGCCGAAGAAUUGAAUGAUGUACAGAAAGAAGCCCUAAAACAGUUUAAAAAGAAUCUUGGCAACGACCUUAAGCCAGAGGAUAACGAUAUCAUUCUUCUUAGGUGGCUAAGAGCAAAAAAUUUCAAUUUGAAGAAAGCAGAAAGGUUGUAUAGAGAAAACUUAUACGCCCGUGCUGUACAUUUAGUGGAUGAGUACGUCGAUCAUUACGUGAAGCCUGAGAUUUGCCAAAAGUAUGAGUUUGCCGCUCAUUUAGGCUAUGCAAAGGAUGGAACCCCCGUCAGUUACAUUGCAAUGGGAAGAGGAGACAUUAGAGGUUUCGUUAUGUCAUUGCAUUCAUUUGACUUGUCAAAAUAUUGUAGCUUAGUGAUUGAAUCUGAUCUUAAGAAAGUGCGAGAACAAAGAAAAAAGACUGGCAGAGAGAUAAAUGAAAUUUUAUACAUCGUAGACAUGGAAAAUUUGUCCUUGAGAGAAUGCUGUCACACUUGCGUAAUUGAAAUGGGAUUAGACAAUUUUAGAAUGUUGCAAGAACACUAUCCAGAAAUUUGGAAGUAUGUCAUCAUAGUCAAUGAGGCUACUCCGGAGUUGCUACUAAAGUACAUCGAUGAAGAUGUUCUGCCUGCCUUUUUAGGUGGAAAAAAAGUGGAUUCCAAUGGGGAUCCCAUGUGUUCAGAAUUUUUGAAAUUCGGUGGUCCUGUCCCCGAGAAGUACUACCUCCGAAAUCGUAGUCCGUUGCAAGAAACUGAUCCCGGAGCUGAGAGCUUCUUCCUGCUUCAACGGGGCUUCUACAACUACCCCUUGGUAGUGCGAGAGGCGAAUUCUAUUCAGACCAUCGAGCUUCGAUUUGAGGGAGGAUCCGUCACCACAGUCUUGCUGUACAAGCCAUUUGGAAACGACAUGGAGAACAUAGACAUUCCCCCUCGUGACGAAUACAUCAAUGAGCAUAACGAGUCCUGUGAGUUCCGGCAAGUUAGCCCCAAACAGAAGCUGCAGGCCCACCUUGCCCCCAUUGAUAACUUCGUGUUGGCCCCCUGGCCCGGAAUAUAUGUUUGGAAAUUCGACAACAGCUGCAACUGGCUCACUUCUAGAAAAGUCAUUUGCCGAUUCAAAGUUUUGCCGCCAGGGACGCCACUUGCUUCGAAAUACAACAUGCUGGGAUUCACCGGACUCUCGCGAGACACCACUUCGAAACCAUAAAAUCAGAACCUUUCAGUAUCUUUAAAAACUCAGAGAACUUUCUUAUAGCAUCUGUGAUGCUUCAGAAUGUCAACAAAUGCAGUAUUUCGAUCGAAUCUGAGUAUAGUGUGGCUCUGAUAAGUUGAAGUCUGGCUUUGACAGUAUUUAUUUCUUUUUGAAGAAUUCAAAUGAAAAGGGGUCUCGAUAUUAGCGAGUAUUUGAGAGAAAUAUUUUUACUAAACUAGAGAAAUAUUUUUACUGAACUAUUACGAAAGUAACCCAGUGCCAAUCAUUCAUCUCUAGUACCUCCAAAAGAAGGACACAUGGUCAAGGUCAAGCUUCAAAUUAUUGGAGCCACACUACAUCACUGCAUAAUAUGAAUGCAUAAACAUAGGAAGCAAUAUGAAAAGUAAACUUACUAAUUAAUCAGAAAAGUGCCAUUUGCAACGUGUGUAAAAGUGCAAAUAAAAAUGUUGGGCAAAAACACAAAAUAUUGCAAACAGUCUAACGUGGAAAGUAUCUUCAUAGGUAAAAACAAAUGGGGGGGGGGGGCAGCUUUAAAAAAAAAUUAAAACGAACUUCUUUCGAGUUCGUACUCUUAACAGGGAACUAAAAUUUUUAGGAGGGCGAAAAUUUUCAACUUGCCGAAUGGAACUCCAAAUUUUGCCGAAUCGUCUGACAAAAUUUGCCGAAUAAGAAAACUUUUGGACGGGCACAGUGACCUCCUGUUCGACGUCCCAACGAGGUGCCCUUGGCUCUUAAUUACGACUUAACUUUGCUUCUCAUAUUUUAGGACAUUUUCCGGCAGUUUUUACAGACAUGAAGUAUCAUUCUCAUUAAAACGACAGGAAGUUUCUUUGUCUUGUCAUCAAUAAUAUUUACGAUGUAUGUUUAAGAAUAACAAGUUUUAGUUAUAGAUUUCGUUGGCUGAAGGUAAUGUUGAGCAUUACCGUAACUGAUUUUACGACGACUGCGAAGACAAAAAGAUAGCAGCUGUUGGAACAGAUUGUUAAUUCUUCUUCAAAGUUAUUUCUUCAAUAAAUUCAU